CUUUGUGUUUGAAAAUGUCUUAGGGCGGGUCCCAGCUUGGAGCCCCGGGUGUCCCUGACGAAGUCGCUGUUGCUCAGGGAGCGGCGGGUGCUGGAAAUGCACGAGGACCAUGGAGCCGGACCAGUUGACAUUCAGCGAUGUGGCCAUUGAUUUCUCUCCAGAUGAGUGGGAAUGCCUGGACCCUCCUCAGCAGAAUCUGUAUAGGGAUGUGAUGUUAGAGAACUACAGAAACCUGGUCUCUGUGGCCCUCUCUCAUCAUUGUACCCAGAACUUUUCACCAGAACAGAUCCUAAAAUAUUCCUUCAAAAAAGUGACUCAUGGAAGACCUGGAAGUUAUGGCCUUAAGAGUUUAAGAAACUGGGCAAAUGUCAGUGAGAAUAAAGGUCAAACAGCCUGCCGUGGUAGACGUAACCAGUGUGCGAUCACUAGCAAUAGCAAAGAUGUCAUUGACAACAGAGGUCAAGAGCAGAAAACAGCUGUGAAAAAAACCCAUGCUGGCUCAGGUGCUUUUGAUGAGCCAUGUAUCUAUAAACAAAAAUACCCACAGGACAUUGUUCAACAUAACUUAACUUUGAAAAGAAGUUUGGAAGAUCUGAAAGAGGGAUUAGUCUUUCACUCAAACAUUUCCAUAGACCAAGAAUUGAGAAACAGAGAACUGAUCUCUAAAAUUGAUCAAAUAAAGACUUCCUGUCCUGAAAGAUCCUCACUCUUCAGUCAACAAGUAGAUCUUUCCUAUAGCCAAAUGCACAAUUGUGGACUGCUUACUACGGAUCCAUUAUUGCACAGCCAAAAUUCAGAUACAGAUAUUUGGAAAACCACAUAUAUGUGUAAAGAAACUAGCAAAACUUUCAGUAAUGGCUCUACACUAAAUAAUUGCAAGGAUAUGGUUAUUGUAGAGAAAUCUGGUCAGUUUAACCAAGUGCAUAAUAACUUUGACAAUGGCUCAAGUUCCAACAAACAUGAGUGUACUCUGUUUCCAAAGAACCUUUUCAAUUGUGAAAAUUUAUUUACUCAGUGCUCAGAGUUUACCAUCCAUCAAUGUAACUAUAUUCAAGAUAAUCAUUACAAGCAUAUUGAUUGUGACACAACAGUUAACCACACCGCAAACCUUACUACACAUAAAAUUCAGAAGGCCCAGAAAUCCUACAAAUGUAAUGAAUGUGGCAAAGCCUUUAAGUAUUGCUCAAGUUACAAUAAACACAGCAUAAUUCACACGGGAGAAAAACCCUACAAGUGCAAAAUAUGUGGAAAAUCCUUUACACAGUGCGCAAGCCUUAAAAAACAUCAGAGAAUUCACACUGGAGAGAAACCCUACAAAUGUGAAGAAUGUGGCAGAAGCUUUAAUCAUUGCUCGAUUCUUAGUCAGCACCAGAGAAUUCAUACAGGAGAGAAACCCUACAAAUGUAAACAGUGUGGGAAAUCCUUUACCCAAUGUGCAAGCCUUAGAAAACACCAGGUAAUCCACACUGGAGAGAAGCCCUACAGGUGUGCAGAAUGUGGCAAAGCUUUUACCCAAAGCUCAACACUUAGUGAACACCAGAGAAUUCAUACUGGAGAGAAACCUUACAAAUGUGAACCAUGUGGAAAGUCUUUUACCCAAUGUUCAAGUCUUAGAAAACACCAGAGAAUUCACACUGGAGAGAAACCCUACAAAUGUGAAGAAUGUGGCAAAGCCUUUAACUGCCGUUCAUCUUUUACUAAACACCGGAGAAUUCACACAGGAGAGAAACCUUACAAAUGUAAGGAGUGUGGCAAAGCUUUCAUCCAUUGUACAAACCUUACUCAACACCAGAGAAUCCAUACAGGAGAGAAACCGUACAAAUGUAGUGAAUGUGGAAAAUGCUUUAGUCAGUGUUCAAACCUUAGAAAACAUCAGCGAAUUCAUACAUGAGUAAAACCAACAAAUGUAAAGAAUGUAGUAAAUCCUUUACCCAUAGUCAAAAACUUGUUUAAUGUCAUAAUUCAAAGUGGGGAUGAGUCCGACAGAAGCAGUGAAUGUAGCAAAGUCUAUGACUUACCAUUCACAAGGUUCUCAGUAUCAGAAAAUUAAUUCUUCCUGUGAGAAACCAUACAAAUA